AAAGUACCAAAAAUAAAUGGGGGGAGUGGCUGUGGAAGAGGAACUAGAAUCAAGAGGAAGUGAAGCUACGUGGUUGCUAUAGCAACACCAAACUUCCAACUUCAGGAACUGAGAGGUUCCGACGGUUUGGACAUCCUCAGACCCCGUCGGCGGGUGUAAUUUCGGUAGUUCGUGUGCCGGUUGGAACGAGAAGAUGGAAUUUGACGACCCCCGCGUUGAGUGGAUACGAAACCGCGUGUGCGCCGCUUUCUACCUGCCAGAAGCGGGUUGCUUCAAGGAGCUGCUGGGGAGAGGGGAUGGGGAAGAGGAGCAGAAGAUCGCCCGGUUUCUGAACGAGGUUACGGCUGAGGAGUCCACAUCUAUGCUGCUUUUCUUCAAAACGGUGCGGGAGGAGGAGGUCGAAGUGGAAGUACAGGUCGUAGAAGAUGCAGAGGACUUUGUAAAUGGGGAUGGCAUCACUGAGAUGGAGGGUCAAGCCAUCCUGUGCGAGUCCACUGAGCCUCGGAGUGAAAGAGAAAACAGUGACCAUGUGGGUGAUUCUCUUAGUGUCACACCUGGAUUUGGGACAAUCCCAGACGUUGAACACAAGAAAAGUCUCACUAGGAUUGAGGUCCAGACUCUGUAUCACAUAGAGCUGCAUGUGGCCAUCAACACUGUCCCAGAGAUGUUCACAAAGUCCAGUAUCUUUUACUUCCUUCGAAACACCAGAGAGACCAUCAUUGAGCCACUGGAUAUAAACGAAGCCAACAAUUUGAUGCCACGAUUGCUGGAGACAGGAAUGCUGAAUGGACACUCCUUGCUGAUGCUGAAGAAUGUUCUCUGUCACGUAUGUAUACCACAACUCACCAUCAACCAGCUAAAGGUCUCUGGUGGUGGCUACAACCAGGUGGAGCAGCUAGCCAAAGCCAAGGACCUGCAACACAGGUCUGAAGCAGAGGAAUUCACAGAGCCGAAACCCAUGGAAUCAUACAGUGCGCACGUGAUUCGGGAUGAACUUCUGAACAGCGUCCACAAGUUCCACAGCCACAUUGAUAGAACUCUCCAGCAGGUGGAAGGUGAGAUCAAGCUCUUUAUUCCUGAGAUGGACCUGGCCCAGGAGGCAGAUCUGUUGGCUUCCAUGCCAGAGGUUGUGGAGAAGUUGGAACAAUGUGUGAUAAAUUGGCAGACCCAGAUCUUCAUAGUCAUUGAGGAACAGCAGAAGAAGAAACCACAGGCCCCAGGCCCCAUGGCAGAAAUAGACUUCUGGCGAGAACGGGCUGCAGUCCUAAGUGCCUUGAACGAGCAGCUGAAGAUGCCUGUGGUGAGGAAGGUCUUGGAUGCAGUGAACCUUGCCAACCCGGUCGUCAUGCAGAACCUGGAACUGACCAUGUUGGAUCUUGGAAAGUUGCAUGUAGAAGCAGUGGAGAAUGUGCGCUUCCUCAGCACUUUGGAGAGGCACUUCAAGAACCUGGCCACAGGGUCAAACUUUCGUGUGGUCCUGGAGACUAUCCCAGUGAUGAUGAAUGGCAUCCGCAUGGUGUGGAUCAUCUCCAGCCACUACAACAAGGAUGAGCGGCUGGUGCCACUGAUGGAACGCGUCGCCUGGGAGCUGUCGGAACGGGUGGCAAGAGUGGUCAGCGUCCGCUCUAUCUUCAGAGACAGGCGAGAUGUGGCGAAAGCCAAAGCCUACGACGGAAAGCAGGUGCUGGAGCUGUGGAAAAGCUGCUACAUGGACGUGCGAGCAAAGAUCGAGAUGUCGGGCCGGGACUCGCGCUGGGAAUUUGACCGCAAGAAGCUGUUUGAACGGACGGACUAUAUGGCCACCAUCUGCCAGGAUAUUUACGACAUACUGCAGAUUCAAGAGGAGUUCUGCAACAUUUUUGGCCCGGAGCUAAAGGCAGUGACCGGCGAACCCAAACAGAUUGACGAGGUGCUCAGCAGGGUGGAUGACUUGGUGCUGCCCAUGGAAGAGCUCAGCUUUGACCCAUUCAGCAUCGAUAGUGCAAGCAGCUGGAAGCUGAUGAUGCAGGACUUCAGGACUAAAGUCCAGACCAUAGAGGGAGUAGCCAUCGAAUUCAUAAACCAGUCUUUCAAGAUGCUGCGCUCAGCAGAGACGGCCUUCGACAUGCUGCUGAAGUUCAAGCAUAUUCGCUCCAGGGACACCAUUAACACCCAGAUGAUGAAGAAGUUCAAUGACAUUCUGGCACAAUAUUGCAAAGAGGUGGAUACCAUCAGCAGGCUGUUUGAGCAGGACAAGGACAAUCCCCCGCUGAACAAAAACCAGCCACCUGUAGCCGGAAGCAUUUACUGGGAGCGCUCACUCUUCCAUCGGAUCAAACACACCAUCAUCCGCUUCCUCGAAGUGCCAGAGAUGUUAGAGGGAGAGCAGGGCAAAGCGGCCAAGCAGAAGUACCUGGAAGUAGGGAUGAAAAUGAAAGAAUAUGAGGUGGAGAAGCAUGAGCGUUGGCAAGAAGAAACAAAGCAGAUCGUCCCCUUGCUGAUGAAAAGAACCAUAUUAAUCACUCGCAACAGCUCCGAGACUGACACUAGGGACCCAGCCGCCCCUGAGCUGAUUUUGCCUGUGGGGGACCAAGAUGUGAAGAGGGAUGUUUACUUUUUGGUAAACUUUCCACUUGAGCUGAAGGAGAUCAUCUCCGAGACCAAGUAUAUGGAACGACUGGGAUUCCCUGUGCCUGACCUUGCACGCAACGUCGCAUUGCAGGAGGAAAGGUUCCUCAGGUCCGUUGAUGGGCUGAAGAACCUGGUGAACCGCUACCAAAGCCUGAUAGAUUCCCUGGACGACGCAGAGUUUCUCCUUUUGGCCGAGCAAAUCCACGAGCUGAGGAGGGUGAUGCGCGCUGGACACAGGCAGCUCAACUGGAACGCCCUCGGCAUCUCUGAGUUCAUCAGUCGUGGUGCCCUGGCCAUCUCUAAGUUUGAGUCACUAGUAAACCAAAUUAAGAAGAACGAGAGGGAUAUUGAAGUCAAAUUGCAAUCCAUCGAAUCCGCAAACCUGUUCAAGUUCCCAACCCCUGACAGAGCACAGGGGCUACCAGGAGUGAAGGAGUUUUGUGAGCUGAUUGAGCAAGAGAGAGCCAAAGAUGUGAACCACCUGAGCAGGAAGUACAGUGCCAUUGGCCCCCUGCUGACCAAAAUGGAGAGCCUAAUUAUGCAGACCAACAGCGGUAAAGCAAAGCGAAUGGCCCCGUAUUAUGGCCACUGGGAACGCAAGGUCUGUGAUGCCCUCAUCAAAAUGUUGCUAAGGAACUUUCAGGGUUUCAAUGCAGCCCUGUUGGGUGACGUCGCUCUGUUUAAGAUCGAGACGAUCCUCUCUGCGCCAGAAAUCGUGCUGCAUCCAAAAAGCAGCGAGGUGUACAAGCUUUUAAUGCAGUGUGUCCGAGACUGUGUGGAGAGCACCAGGCGGUUUGUUCGCUGGAUGCAUGGAACCUGCAUAGAGUGCCCCCCUCAACGCGUUGACGGUGAGGACGAACCUGUGGUGUUCAGUUUCUACACCGACAUGUGCCAGCACCCAGAGGUUAAUGAACAGGCCCUGGCCAUCUCCCAGAAUGCACAGCGCCUACUGAGUACCGUGGGUCGCUACCUUGGCCGCUGGAAGCGGUACCGGCCCCUGUGGAAGCUGGAUAAGGCCAUUGUCAUGGAGAAAUUUGCAGCCAAGAAACCUACCUGUGUCGCCUAUGACGAGAAGCUUCAGUUCUAUGCUCGAGUCAGCCAGGAGGUGGCAGCACAGCCCCGUUUGAGGGAUGAGCACAUAAUCCGACUCAAUUUAGAGCCCCUGGCCCACAGUGUACAGGAGAACAUCCAAGCCUGGCUCAGCUCCCUAGGACGUCUGCUCAACCAGUCUGCCCAGGAGGACCUCUUCAGCCUGCGUGACAGGAUGCAGAGGCUGUCAGAGUGUCUGAGGAGGAGGCCAGACACAUUAAAGGACCUGAAAUUUGUACUGGGCACAAUCACUGACAUAAGAGACAUGUCGCUGUCAAUGGAGAUGCAUUUCAUCGACAUUCAGGAGAGAUACAGGACCCUGGGCAUGUACAAAGUGGCGGUGACAGAGGAGGAGAUGGUGCUUGUGGGGAACAUCAGGCAGCUGUGGAACGACUUGCUAGCUGAGUCACGACAAGUGGACCGCAGCCUGGGUCGAGUCAAGAAGAAGUUCACCGAAAUCACGAAGGAGCAGAUUCAGACGUUCAAGCAGGAGCUCUCGGUGUUUGCAGAGAACUUCAGCAUCCGGGGCCCGGGUGCAGCAGGGGACGACAUGGAGAAAGGAGUGGCCAUGCUGAAAUUGUACGAGGCGGAGCUUGCAAGCAUAGAGACCAGCCGCCAGGAGCUGAGUAACGCAGAAAAGCUCUUCGACCUGCCCUUCACCAUGUACCCAGAGCUGCUCGACGUGCAGAAGGAGAUAAAGGGCCUGCAGCAGAUCUACCACAUCUACAAGGCCCAGAAGGCAGCCAAGAUGAAAUGGUCUCAGAUGUUGUGGGUGAACCUGAACAUCGGUCUGCUACAGGAAGGCAUAGAAGGUUUCUAUAAAAGCCUUCGCAUGCUUCCCAAGGACGUGCGAGUCCUUCCGCCGGCCUUCUUUCUGGAGGGUCGCUUGAGGGAGUUCAAGGAGUGUCUGCCCCUGCUUCUGGACCUGAAGAAUGAGGCGUUAAGGGACCGGCACUGGAGAGAACUGAUGGAGCAAACAGGUACAAGCUUCGAGAUGAACCGUGAUACCUUCACCCUGGAGAACAUGUUCACCAUGGAGCUGCACAAAUAUGCUGGCGUCAUCAGCGAUAUUGUCACCUCUGCUGUCAAGGAGCUCAGUAUCGAGAAGGGCGUGAAGGAGGUGAUGGACACCUGGGAGAAUAUGAAGUUCAGCGUGCAGCGCUACUUCAAAGGCACACAGGAGCGUGGCUCCAUACUGGGGGGUGUUGAGGAGAUCCUGCAGAACCUGGAUGACAAUACCAUGAACCUACAGAGUAUGGCCAGCAGCCGGUUUGUUGGGCCCUUUCUGGACACUGUACAGCAGUGGGAGAAGAACUUGUCUCUUAUUAGUGAGGUGAUAGAGGUAUGGAUGCUAGUUCAGCGGAAGUGGAUGUAUCUGGAGAGCAUCUUUAUAGGUGGAGACAUCCGCUCUCAACUGCCUGAGGAGGCCAAGAAGUUUGACAACAUUGACAAGAUGUUCAAAAAGAUAAUGGCAGAAACAAUGAAGGAACCAGGGAUCAAGAAAUGUUGCCUGGCGCCGAACCGACUGUCCGAGCUGCAGAACCUGAGCGACGGGCUGGAGCGGUGCCAGAAGAGCCUGAAUGAUUACCUGGACUCCAAGCGCAAUGCCUUCCCACGCUUUUUCUUCAUCUCAGACGACGAGCUGCUCAGCAUCCUGGGCAGCAGUGACCCAACCUGCGUCCAGGAGCACAUGAUCAAGAUGUAUGACAACAUCGCGUCACUGCGAUUUGAACUCGGGGGGCAGGGAGAGAUGGUGGCGGCAGCCAUGGUGUCAGCUGAGGGGGAGGUGAUGGACCUGCGGCAGCCUGUGCCCGCUGAAGGCCGCGUGGAAGAAUGGAUGUUCAGUGUGCUGCUGGAGAUGAGGAGGACCAACCGCCUCAUCACCAAAGAGGCCGUGUUUCGCUAUUGUGAGGACAGGAGCAGGGUGGACUGGAUGCUGUUGUAUCAGGGUAUGGUGGUUCUGGCUGGCAGCCAGGUGUGGUGGACCUGGGAAGUGGAGGAUGUCUUCAACAGGAUGAAGAAGGGUGAGAAGCAGGCACUGAAGAACUAUGCUAAGAAGAUGCACCAGCAGAUUGAUGAGCUGGUGACCCGCAUCAUGCAGCCCAUGAAGAAAAACGACCGCCGCAAGAUCAACACUGUCCUGAUCAUCGACGUCCAUGCUAGGGACAUUGUAGACAGCUUUGUCCGGGACAGCAUCAUGGAUGCCCGUGAGUUCGAGUGGGAGAGCCAGCUGCGUUUCUACUGGGACCGGGAGCCUGACAGCUUGUUUGUCCGCCAGUGUAGCGCCUUGUUUUCCUAUGGUUACGAGUACAUGGGUCUGAAUGGCCGCCUGGUCAUCACCCCACUGACUGACAGGAUAUAUCUCACACUCACACAGGCCUUGUCCAUGUACCUGGGUGGUGCUCCGGCUGGUCCUGCAGGCACUGGCAAGACGGAAUCUACCAAAGACUUAGCCAAAGCCUUGGCCUUACUGUGUGUAGUCACAAACUGUGGGGAGGGCAUGGAUUACAUGGCGGUGGGGAAGAUCUUCUCAGGUUUGGCCCAGUGUGGGGCAUGGGGCUGCUUCGAUGAGUUCAACCGCAUAGAUGCUUCCGUCCUGUCUGUCAUCUCCUCUCAGAUCCAGACCAUCCGCAAUGCUCUUAUAAUGCACCUCAAGAAAUUCCAUUUUGAAGGCCAGGAAAUUACCUUGGAUGAUCGAAUGGGGAUAUUCAUCACCAUGAACCCAGGGUAUGCGGGACGCACUGAGCUUCCGGAAUCAGUCAAGGCCCUGUUUCGGCCUGUGGUGGUCAUCGUUCCUGACCUGCAGCAGAUUUGCGAGAUUAUGCUCUUCUCAGAGGGCUUCCUCUUGGCCAAGGUACUAGCCAAGAAGAUGACAGUGCUAUACAAGUUGGCACGAGAGCAACUGUCCAAGCAGUUCCACUAUGAUUUUGGUCUGCGGGCUCUGAAGUCAGUGCUGGUGAUGGCAGGAGAGCUGAAACGAGGCUCCCCCGAACUCAGUGAGGAUGUUGUACUUAUGCGAGCCUUGAGGGACAUGAACCUGCCCAAGUUUGUGUUUGAGGAUGUGCCCCUGUUCUUGGGCCUGAUCUCAGACCUGUUCCCCGGGCAGGAUUGUCCUCGUGUUCGCUACCCAAGUUUCAAUGACACAGUGGAGCAGACAUUGCAGGAUAACAAGUAUAUCUUGCUACCUAACCAGGUGGACAAGGUGGUGCAGAUGUAUGAGACUAUGAUGACCAGGCACACCACCAUGGUUGUAGGGCCCACUGGAGGGGGAAAAUCUGUGGUCAUCAGCACCCUUUGCCAAGCCCAAACCAGGUUGGGCUUGCUCACCAAACUGUACUGUUUAAACCCCAAGGCCAUGAGUGUCAUUGAACUAUAUGGAAUCCUGGAUCCCACCACUAGGGAUUGGACCGACGGUAUCCUGUCUAACAUUUUCCGAGAUAUCAAUAAGCCAACUGAUAAAAAGGAAAGGAGGUACAUCUUGUUUGAUGGGGAUGUGGAUGCCCUAUGGGUGGAGAACAUGAACUCGGUGAUGGACGACAACAGGCUGCUGACCCUGGCCAAUGGAGAGAGGAUUCGUCUGCAGAGCCACUGUGCCCUGCUGUUUGAGGUUGGAGACCUUCAGUAUGCCUCCCCUGCCACUGUCUCUCGCUGUGGGAUGGUGUUUGUGGAUCCAAAAAACCUACGUUAUAGCCCCUACUGGCAGAAGUGGGUCAGUAACAGACCCCUCAAGGAACAAGCAGAUCUGAACAGCCUGUUUCAAAAGUAUGUCCCCAGCCUUAUUGAUAUGAUUGUAAGUGGAAUUGUAGAUGGCAGGCAGGCGGAGAAGCUCAAGACUGUUGUUCCCCAGACCGACUUAAACAUGGUGGUGCAGCUAUCCAUGAUGCUGGAUGCCCUGUUGGAGACAGAGGGCUUGGAGGGAAAUGUGCUGGAGUGCUACUUCUUAGAGGCACUGUGCUGCUCACUGGGGGGAACUCUGCUAGACUCGGGGAAACUUAAGUUUGACGCGUUUGUUAAGAAGCUGUCCUGCCUCCCAGUGACCAACAACGACCAGGAGCUCACUGGCCCUGGGGAACUGCCAGGCUCCUUGCCAAGCUUGUUUGACUUUCACUUUGAUAGAACCUUAAAUAAGUGGGUUCCCUGGAGCUCCAUGGUUCCCAAAUACAUCCACAGCACUGAAGUCAAAUUUAUUGACAUUCUUGUGCCCACUGUAGACACCACACGGGUCAACUGGCUGUUGGAACAAAUGGUGAAGAUAAAACACCCUAUGGUAUUGGUGGGGGAGUCUGGUACCUCUAAAACAGCCACAACACAGAAUUUUCUAAAGAACCUUAACACAGACUCAACUAUGAUAUUAAUGAUCAACUUCUCUUCGCGGACAACAUCCAUGGACCUACAGAGGAACCUGGAAGCCAAUGUGGAGAAGAGAACCAAGGAGACAUAUGGUCCUCCUAUGGGAAAGAGACUUCUGGUCUUCAUAGAUGACCUCAACAUGCCAAGGGUGGAUGAGUAUGGCACUCAGCAGCCUAUCGCCCUACUCAAACUAUUGCUGGACCGAGGUGGCAUGUAUGACAGGAGCAAAGAACUGAACUGUAAGGUUCUGAAGGACCUGGGCUUCAUUGCCGCCAUGGGGAAGGCAGGGGGAGGCCGCAACGAGGUGGACCCACGCUUCCUCUCACUCUUCAGUGUCUUUAAUGUCUCCUUCCCCAAAGAGGAGGCCUUGCAUCUGAUUUAUGCCUCUGUCCUUAGGGGCCACACCAAGGCAUUUGAGCAUUGCAUACAACAGAUAUGUGACAAGUUGACAUUUUGCACUUUGGAGCUGUACAAGAACAUUGUUAAGGACCUGCCCCCAACACCCUCUAAGUUCCACUACAUCUUUAACCUCAGGGACCUGUCCAGGGUGUACAACGGCUUGACUCUGACCAAUUCUGAGCGGUUCUUGAGUGUUGCCCAGUUCGUGCGCGUGUGGAGAAAUGAGUGCCUGCGGGUGUUCCACGACAGACUCAUCAACGAGACUGACAAAGCACUAGUCCAAGGCCACAUUAAGAGCCUGAUACAGGAGCGCUUCCAGGAAGAACUUGAGUUUGCUGUGAGGGAUCCCAUUCUGUUUGGAGACUAUAGGACAGCGCUCAAUGAACCAGAACUUCGAGUGUAUGAGGAUAUCCAGGACUAUGACGCCUCCAAAGCCUUGUUUCAGGAGAUCCUAGAGGAGUAUAAUGAGACCAAAACACGUAUGAACCUGGUUCUAUUUGAUGAUGCUCUUGAGCACCUGACACGCGUGCACCGCAUAAUCCGCAUGAACCGUGGACACGCUCUGUUGGUGGGGGUUGGAGGCUCGGGCAAACAGUCCCUCACAAAGCUCUCAGCCUUCACCGCGGGCUGUGAGGUGUUUGAAAUUGUGCUAAGUCGAGGGUAUGGUGAGACCAACUUCCGUGAGGACCUUAGAACAUUGUACCUUAAGCUGGGCAUUGAGAACAAGAAGAUGGUGUUCCUCUUCACUGAUGCUCACGUGGCAGAGGAGGGCUUCCUGGAGCUCAUCAACAACAUGCUCACCUCAGGCAUGGUUCCUGCAUUGUUCCCCGAUGAGGAGAAAGAGUCUAUCCUGGGCCAACUUCGUGACGAGGCCCUGAAGAUGGGUGUCGGGCCAUCCAAGGAGAACAUCUGGCAGUACUUUGUCAACAAGAGCGCCAACAAUCUCCACAUCGUCCUGGGCAUGUCCCCGGUGGGGGACACGUUGAGGACACGCUGCAGGAAUUUCCCAGGGCUGGUGAAUAAUACCGGAAUUGACUGGUUCUUGCCUUGGCCUCCCCAAGCUCUGCACGCAGUGGCCCAGUCCUUCCUAGGCGAAAACCCCAUGCUACCCAGCGCACACGUGGAGGCGGUCAUCAGCCAUGUCUGCAGGGUGCAUGGCUCUGUUGGGGAAUACAGCAAGAAAUUCCUGCAGAAACUGCGCCGCAGCAACUUUGUAACCCCAAAGAACUACCUGGACUUCAUCAGCACCUAUAUCAGCCUGCUGAAAGACAAAGACCAGUACAUACUGGCCCAGUGUAGACGCCUGGAAGGAGGGCUGGAUAAGCUGAAGGAGGCAAGCAUUCAGCUUGCCCAGCUUAACACCAAGCUGGCGGAGCAGAAGGUGGUCCUUGCCGAGAAGUCUUCCGCCUGUGAAGUGCUCCUGCAAGAAAUUUCCAUCAACACUGCUGUGGCGGAGGAGAAGAAGAAGCUGGCGGAGGACAAAGCAAGGGAGAUCGAGGAGCAGAACAAGGUCAUUGCCGUUGAGAAGAAAGACGCAGAGAGCUCGCUGGCAGAGGCCCUGCCUGCCUUGGAGGCGGCCCGCAUCGCUCUGCAGGACCUGGACAAGUCCGACGUCACGGAGAUCAGGUCGUUUGCGAAGCCGCCCAAGCAGGUGCAGGUAGUGUGCGAGUGCAUCUUGGUGAUGCGUGGCUACAAGGAGAUCAGCUGGAAGACGGCAAAGGGCAUGAUGUCAGAGGCCAACUUCUUGCGGUCUUUAAUGGACAUGGACUGUGACUCUAUCGCCUCCAGUCAGGUCAAGACAGUCAGAGGCUUCCUGAAGACCCUCAACACCAGUUUUGAGGAGAUGCAGGCCAUCAGCAAGGCCGGUUCAGGAAUGCUGAAGUUUGUGGAGGCUGUAAUGGGAUACUGCGAUGUUGCCAAGGAGAUCAAGCCUAAGCGAGAUAAGGUCGCACGGCUGGAGAAGAAUUUCUUCCAGAGCAAACAAGAGCUGGAACGGAUCCAGAACGAACUGAGUGCCAUCCAGGGGGAGCUGCGGGCACUGGGGGAGAAGUACACAGGCGCCAGGGAGGAGAAGCAGCUGCUGCAGGAUGAGGCCGAGGUCAUGGAGAGGAGGCUGAUCGCAGCCGACAAGCUCAUCUCAGGCCUGGGCUCUGAAAACCAGCGCUGGACAGAUGACCUGGAAGAGCUUAAGCAACGUCGUGUCCGGCUCCUGGGCGACUGCCUGAUAUGUGCUGCCUUCCUGAGCUACGAAGGCGCCUUUAGCUGGGACUUCCGCAGUGAGAUGGUCUACGAGGUUUGGCAGCGGGAUGUACGGGAGCGAGGCAUCCCGCUCAGCCAGCCAUUCCGUGUGGAGAGUCUGCUGACCGAUGAGGUGGAAAUCAGCAGGUGGGGCUCAGAGGGAUUGCCCCCGGACGAGCUGUCGGUGCAGAACGGGAUCCUGACCACGAGAGCCAGCCGCUUCCCCAUGUGCAUUGACCCCCAGCAGCAAGCGCUGAAGUGGAUCAAGAAGAAGGAGGAGAAGAACAACCUAAAGGUCUCCUCUUUCAAUGAUCCAGACUUCCUGAAGCAGCUCGAGAUGGCCAUCAAGUAUGGCUUCCCCUUCCUGUUCCAGGAUGUAGAUGAAUACAUUGACCCAGUCAUAGACAAUGUCCUUGAGAAGAACAUUAAGGGGCCACAGGGGAGGCAGGUCAUUGUGCUUGGAGACAAGGAGGUGGACUAUGACCCCAACUUCAAACUUUACCUCAACACAAAGUUGGCCAACCCUAAAUAUUCGCCUUCAGUUUUUGGGAAGGCAAUGGUCAUCAAUUACACUGUCACUCUGAAGGGUCUUGAGGACCAACUGCUGAGUGUGAUUGUGGGCUUUGAGCGCAAGGAGCUGGAGGAGCAGAGGGAAUGGCUGAUACAGGAGACCAGUGAAAACAAGCAUCUGCUGAAGGACUUGGAGGACUCACUGUUGCGUGAGCUGGCCACCUCCACGGGCAACAUGCUGGACAACGUGGAGCUGGUGCAUAUGCUGGAGGAGACCAAGGCCAAAGCCAGUGAGGUGUUUGAGAAGCUGAAGCUUGCAGAGACAACCUCAGCAGACAUCGACAAGCUGCGAGACGGCUACCGGCCAGCAGCCAAACGGGGAGCCAUCCUCUUUUUCGUGCUGGCGGAGAUGGCCCUGGUGAACAGCAUGUAUCAGUACUCGCUGGCCUCCUUCCUAGAGGUGUUUGACUACUCUCUGCGCAAGUCUCUGCCCGACUCCUCACUACCCAGAAGGCUGAAGAACAUCAUGAACACCCUCACUCACAACGUCUACAACUAUGGCUGUACUGGACUCUUUGAGAGACACAAGCUUCUAUUUUCAUUCAACAUGACUAUUAAGAUCGAGCAGCUCGAGGACCGAGCACCACAGGAAGAGCUGGACUUCUUUCUGAAGGGGAAUAUGUCCCUCGAGAAAAGCAAGCGGAAGAAGCCGUCCCUGUGGCUGCCAGACCAGGGCUGGGAGGACGUCAUUCGGCUCUCCGAGCUUUUCCCUGCUCAAUUUGGCACUUUGCCCGACGAUGUGGAGAAGCACACCGAUCAAUGGAAAAUGUGGUAUGACCUGGAUGCGCUGGAGCAAGCUCCUUUCCCAAUGAUGUAUGAAGACAAGCUGACCGCCUUCCAGCGCCUCCUGCUGCUGCGUUGUUUCCGUGUGGAUCGAGUUUAUCGUGCCGUCGCUGACUACGUUACAAUCACCAUGGGAGAGAAGUAUGUACAACCACCAGUGAUAAGUUUUGAGGCAAUCUUUGAGCAGAGUACUCCAAACUCCCCAAUCAUCUUCAUCCUAAGCCCUGGCUCAGACCCUGCCAGUGAUCUCAUAAAGCUGGCCGAAAAGUCAGGAUUCGGGGAUAGCCGACUCAGGUUCCUGGCUAUGGGGCAGGGACAGGAGAAGGUGGCGCUGCAGUUGUUGGAGACAGCUGUGUCCCGGGGACAGUGGUUGAUGUUACAGAACUGUCACCUGUUGGUGAAGUGGCUAAAGGAGCUGGAAAAGGCACUGGAGAGGAUCACAAAGCCCCAUCCUGACUUCCGUCUGUGGCUCACCACUGACCCUAUCAAAGACUUUCCUAUUGGCAUCCUGCAGAAGUCCCUCAAGGUGGUUACAGAGCCGCCCAAUGGGCUAAAACUGAACAUGAGGGCAACCUACUUUAAGAUUUCCAAUGAAACGCUGAUGAAGUGCCCCCAUCCAGCCUACCGUAGCCUAGUCUAUGUGCUGGCCUUCUUCCAUGGCGUGGUGCAGGAGCGCCGUAAGUAUGGCAAGAUUGGCUGGAAUGUCCCCUACGACUUCAACGAAUCAGACUUUCAGGUGUGCAUGGAAAUCCUGAACACGUACCUGACCAAAGCAUAUACUCAAGGGGAUGACAGAAUCCCAUGGGGGAGCCUGAAAUACCUCAUUGGGGAGGUGAUGUAUGGGGGCCGGGCCAUCGACAGCUUCGACCGGAGGAUCCUCACUGUCUACAUGGACGAAUACCUUGGAGACUUCAUCUUUGACACCUUCCAGCCGUUUCACUUCUUCCACAAUGACGAGGUGGACUACAGGAUUCCACCCGAUGGCUUCAAGGAGACCUUUGUUGGGGAGAUCGAGCUCCUGCCACUGGCCAACACGCCGGAAGUGUUUGGGCUGCAUCCCAAUGCUGAGAUCGGCUACUAUACACAGGCUGCACGUGACAUGUGGGCUCACCUCAUUGAACUACAGCCCCAGACUGGUGAGACUGGCGGGGGCGUCAGCCGGGAGGAAUACAUCGGCCAGGUGGCGCGUGAUAUCCAGAGCAAGCUGCCCAAACGCUUCGACCUGGAUGUUAUCCGCAAAGGCCUGGGCCCCCACGUGUCUCCCACCUCGGUUGUGCUGCUGCAGGAGCUGGAACGCUUCAACAGGCUGGUGUUGCGAAUGGGCCGAUCACUGGCUGAGCUGCAGAGGGCCCUGGCUGGUGAGGUGGGCAUGAGCAGUGAGCUCGAUGAAGUGGGUCGUGCCCUCUUUAAUGGACAGAUCCCCUCCAUCUGGAGGAGGCUGGCUCCUGACACUCUGCAGUCCCUAGGAAACUGGAUGCCUCAUUUCCAGAGGAGGUUUGAUCAGUACAGCUCCUGGAUAGAGGAUGGAGAGCCCAGAGUGAUGUGGCUAUCAGGGCUGCACAUCCCGGAGUCAUAUCUCACAGCUCUGGUCCAGGCCACCUGCCGCAAAAAUGGCUGGCCUCUGGACCGGUCCACACUCUACACACAAGUGACCCAGUACAGAUCUGAAGAGGAGGUCAACGAGCGACCUGGCCAGGGCUGUUUCGUGUCAGGCCUGUACUUGGAAGGUGCUGACUGGGAUGUGGAGAACGCGUGUCUGGUGCGUAGCAAGCCUAAAGUGCUUGUGGCCCAAUUGCCUAUUCUCAAAGUCAUCCCCAUUGAAGCACAUCGCCUCAAGUUACAGAACACACUGCGGACCCCUGUGUACACGACCUCCAUGAGGAGGAACUCCAUGGGGGUGGGCCUAGUGUUUGAAGCAGACCUCUUUACCACAAAGCACAUCUCUCAUUGGGUGCUGCAGGGUGUUUGUCUAUGCCUUAAUGCCGACUGAAGGUCUGUGUAUCAUUCCAUCUGUCUUUGCCUUAAUGGACACCGAAUGACGAUUUUUCUGACUGUUCAUUUCUUAAUGCUAACUGAGGAUCUGUUUGUAGUGUCUAUCAA